ACUCACCGACUCGAUCCGAUCUCAUCUCUCCCCUGAAACCAUGGUUGAGCCGGCGAACACUGUUGGACUCCCUGUGAAUCCGACACCGUUGUUGACAGAUGAGCUCGAUAUCGUGAUUCCGACCAUCAGGAACCUCGAUUUCCUCGAGAUGUGGAGGCCUUUUCUCCAGCCUUACCAUCUGAUCAUCGUCCAGGACGGAGAUCCAACGAAGAAGAUCCACGUGCCUGAAGGUUACGACUACGAGCUCUACAACAGGAACGACAUCAACCGUAUCCUCGGACCCAAGGCUUCUUGUAUCUCCUUCAAGGAUUCUGCUUGUCGGUGCUUUGGAUACAUGGUGUCUAAGAAGAAGUACAUCUUCACCAUUGAUGACGAUUGCUUCGUUGCCAAGGAUCCAUCUGGCAAAGCUGUGAACGCUCUUGAGCAACACAUCAAGAACCUUCUCUGCCCUUCGUCUCCCUUUUUCUUCAACACCUUGUAUGAUCCUUACCGUGAAGGUGCUGAUUUCGUCCGUGGAUACCCUUUCAGUCUCCGUGAAGGUGUUUCUACUGCUGUUUCCCAUGGUCUCUGGCUCAACAUCCCUGAUUACGAUGCCCCCACCCAACUCGUCAAGCCUAAGGAGAGGAACAUCAGGUAUGUGGAUGCUGUCAUGACCAUCCCAAAGGGAACACUUUUCCCAAUGUGCGGUAUGAAUUUGGCUUUCGACCGUGAUUUGAUUGGCCCAGCUAUGUACUUUGGUCUCAUGGGUGAUGGUCAGCCUAUUGGUCGCUACGACGAUAUGUGGGCUGGUUGGUGCAUCAAGGUGAUCUGUGACCACUUGAGUUUGGGAGUGAAGACCGGGUUGCCAUACAUCUACCACAGCAAAGCUAGCAACCCUUUUGUGAACCUUAAGAAGGAAUACAAAGGAAUCUUCUGGCAGGAGGAGAUCAUUCCGUUCUUCCAGAAUGCUAAGCUAUCGAAAGAAGCAACAACUGUUCAGCAGUGCUACAUUGAGCUCUCAAAGAUGGUGAAGGAGAAGUUGAGCUCCUUAGACCCGUACUUUGACAAGCUUGCAGACGCCAUGGUUACAUGGAUUGAAGCUUGGGAUGAGCUUAACCCACCAGCAGCUGUUGCAGGCAAUGGCAAAGCUUGAAUAGUAUGAGCCAAAAAGAAAAAACCACCACAGUUUUGGUUAUUUUAGCUCGAUUUAUCUUUACUUAAAAAAUUUCGGAUUUUAUGAACCUUUCUUCUUUGUUUUAGUUACAACACUUUUGAGUAGUUGUCAUCGACAUUACUUUCUCAGUGUCCGGUUAUUGUUAUUGCAUUUGGUUUUAAAUGUCACUUGUUUAUUCAUAAGCAGUGGUCCAUUUCUAGAACUAUUUCCCGAGUUUUUUUUUUGUUUCAUUAAUAAAAAAAAGCCUUACGCAGGUGUUUGCAA